GAUUUUUAUUUUAUUAAACGGUUUCAAAGCUGACAACCAAACAUACAUCUACGCAAAUUGAAACGUAUUUUGCUAGUGUGAAACUGGCUUCAUGUUCGGGUUUCUUCGGAAUUUCGAGGAGCUGGUUUGGGGAGCUGUCUUCACACAAAUCAAUGUCAAUGACACCCGAACACUAACCUACAAAAUUUAACUUUGGAGGGAAACUGUCAAUACGUUGUGUUAGUUGAUUAUGGAGACAAUGGAAGUAGAAGAAGCCCCACAGGCGGGCCCUUCGGCCGAACCCGGCCAAGGCCCGUUACAAAAAGCCGAUAACCUCCCUUGGAUCGAAAAAUACCGCCCCCAGACUUUCCAAGAAAUCGUAGGCAAUGAAGACACCACCAAUCGCCUGUCAGUCAUCGCCAAACAGGGCAACCUCCCCAAUUUAAUCAUUGCCGGGCCUCCUGGCGUGGGCAAAACCACCACAAUCCUGUGCCUGGCCCGAAUCCUUUUAGGCCCAGCGUUUAAAGACGCUGUUCUCGAACUCAACGCGUCAAACGACAGAGGUAUAGACGUUGUCCGUAACAAAAUCAAAAUGUUUGCGCAACAAAAAGUCACUCUCCCGCCUGGACGCCACAAAAUCAUUAUCUUGGACGAGGUGGACAGUAUGACCGAAGGGGCGCAACAAGCCCUAAGACGCACGAUGGAAAUUUACAGUAAUACGACUCGGUUCGCUUUGGCUUGUAACUACAGUGAAAAAGUGAUAGAAGCGAUUCAGUCACGGUGUGCUAUUUUGCGGUACUCCCGCUUAACGGAUGCCCAAGUGUUGGCAAGGGUGAUACAAGUGUGCCAACAGGAGAGUGUUGAAUAUACGCAGGAUGGGCUUGAGGCGAUUGUGUUCACAGCUCAGGGGGAUAUGAGACAAGCGUUGAAUAAUUUACAGUCGACUUUUAACGGCUUUGGGGUUGUUAAUUCCACUAAUGUGCUGAAAGUGUGCGAUGAGCCCCAUCCUAUGUUAAUUAAAGAUAUGCUCAACAGUUGUGUUACUGGUGAUGUAAGGAAGGCGUUCAAGAUUGUUGAUCAUUUGUGGAGUUUGGGGUACGCUGCCGAGGAUAUUAUUAAGAAUAUUUUCAAGGUUUGCAAAAAUAUGGACAUGGAGGAGAGUUUGAAACUUGCUUUUAUUAAACAAAUUGGGGUCACACAUAUGAGGAUUGUUGAUGGUUUGUGCUCUUUGGUGCAAAUGUCGGGACUUAUAUCGAGAUUAUGUAUGGAAGCUAAAGGAGUGAAGGGUGAAUGAUUACUUUAAAAUUUGCUAUUGUAUUUAAAUAAGUUUUUCAAUAAAAAAUAUACAACUUAA